GCUCCUCGGAACAUGACGUCAUACGUUCAAACACGGAAAUGGAUCAAAACAAACUUCCUCGACGGCGACGCACAGAUUAUUUGAAUUUGGAUGUUUAGUUUCGUUUCCAUGAUUAUUUUCCCUUUUUAUCCUUGAAACUUGAAUGAAGUAUCUACCACGGUUUGUGUUUGUACAAUUUGUGUUGGCCGUGCAAAAAUGAGCGACUUCCCUGUGAACCCUCUCGUUUUAAUUGGAGUAGGAUCCAGUUUUGCCUGUUCAGGGCUGUUUUAUCAUCUAUAUCAAGAAAAGAAGAGGGAAUUGAUGAAGCUGAAGGAAAUCCCAGUAUUCCGACCAGAUCAUCAUUUGGCGACCAUGUUGAAAUCCUCUCCCUACAAGAGGCUACAGUAUGUCGCAGUUGAAGGCCUGGUCCAGGCAGAUGAGAAGCCGCUUACCAGCCAAUUUGUCCCCAGAUGCUAUGGUGUGCUUCAGAAGAUACAAGUCGUGGAACACGGUGAAUACUGGAACUCCAUCUCUAAAACAUGGAGCUCUCGGCCGACUAACAGGAAAGAAACCAACAACUCUGUGCCCUUCUCUCUGAUCUCUCCUGGCUCCUACAUCGCUGAUUUCCAUGUACAGGUGCAAGACCCCUCGGAAGGUUCGGGGUAUUUCCUGGAGAGGAUCUACCACCGAGUAAGACGAGCCGAGGAGGGCUUGGUGAACGUGGUCUUGCAGGGCAUCAGUGGAGAGCGAGCGGUGGCGAUGGAAGAGAGCGAAGAGAUGCUGCGAGUCGGGAGCAGCCUGACUGUAUUCGGGGAGGUGGUCCUAGUGGGGGGGCACGGGAGGCUGCAGCCCCCGAGAGAUGGCCGAGAGUACCUCCUGGUUCCCACAGACUACAAGAGCUUCAUGGAGCAGCACGAGCAAUCAGCCAGCAUGUGGAAGAUGCUCACGGCCGUUACAGGCAUCAUUGGAGCUGCUGUACUAGCUGGUGUGAUUUACAACCCGAUGGGAAAGCGAGACGAUCGAUCCAAAUAGCU